AAAUCGUAUCAUUAAUCCUGAGUUGAGUGUAUCGUUACAUCCCUACUAUAAUGCUCUGUAUCUCUCUGAUUUCCUAUUUCUACUUCAGAAAGGAGAAAGAUUGUUUUUAAUAAUGUGUUCUUCCUCUGUGUCUUCUCAUCUCUCUUGUUAACGUGUGAUCUCAACAUGUCCUCCUAUUCCUUUUCCUGCUUCUCCUUUCUUCACACGCUGCCCAUCAGGGCUAAAAUGGUUGAUGUUGUUUCGGCACGCACAAUGCCGUCAGAAUCCGAGGUUCAUGUGGCGAGGAGCUUUCUCACCAAGAUUUUGCGAAGCUCUAUGAGGAAAAACCGCUUCAAAGGGAAGAAUGAUCCAGGCUCGCGCCCCCAUUCCUGGCACUCCUCCAAGCUGACUGAAGAGGAGUCGGGGCCCGCUGGGCAAGGGGCCACCCCAGCACCAGUCUGGCAGCCAAAACAUGAAGCAAGGCCCAAAGAGUCGUCCAAUCAAGGGGAUCAGAGCACACAGCGCCAGCCAACCAGCCAGUUCAGUUCAGUGAACAACAUGGAGAGACUGGAGCGUCCCUGUCACCCCUGCCCACCAGGUCGCGUUUCCCCAGUUAAAUACAGCGCUGAGCCGCUCUCUGGACCCGGAGGCAAAAGAGACUCGGGGUUCAGCUGUUUUUCAAGCACCUCCAGCCCUCCGGUUCAUGACUCCAGCACGCCUGAUAGGAAGGGUACCAGCACUGAGAACAUUUUCUUCAAGGGCCCUCAGAGUGAAGGGGCUCAGCAGGCAGAGCGGCCCAGGUACCUGCAGUCCACUCUGGGGAACGGAGGCUGGGAGGGGUCACGGGGCGAGGAACAGCCUGCCUCUCGGGUCUCCAUCGCAGGGAGACCCAGCAUCGGCCCAGUGUGGCAGGUACCAGAGAAGAAGAAGUCUCAGUCUCCUCCUCCCCCACCUCCUCCUCUGCGCAGUGACAGUUUUGCCGCCACAAAGGUGUUCCCUUACUCUGAAGGGCCCAGUGGUCCAGCAAAGAGCCACGGCAGGUCAUUUGAAAAACUGGCAGAAAAUAACGACCAGAACAGCCACAGAUCUCACCAAGACAAAACCUCAGAGGCCAGACGCAGCUUCAACCCCCUGCCCACCAAAGACUUCCUCCAUCCCAACAUGGCAGCUGACCACAACCACAACCAGCUACACCCCAACAAACUCUUCUCCCUGUCCAGUAAUGAUGUACGACAGUCUCAUUACAGCCAACUACCUGCCCACCAGAGGCAAUACAGUGACGAAAGCCCUCUGUACCUGCAGACCAGGUCAGCACCUCCCACCAAGAUUCAGAGUGUAGGAAGCUACUAUCGCAGCCUCCAGGAUCUGCCCACAAACGCCUUCAGCCGCAAGCAGGUCAGACACUCCACAGCAUCCAUGGCAAGUUCAGCUGGAAACCCAAAUCUGGAGAAUGGGGGACACAGCAGAUACUACGGUCUGGCCAGCAAACAUUUGGUUCAGGCUGCUGAGCUUCAGGCCAGGCAGGGCAAAGCUGAGGGCCGCAGGGGGGAAAAAGAGAAACCUCACCGAGGAAACAGCAAUGAACCAGGCUUCCCAAGUUCCUUGAAGACAGAUGUUAAGGCAAAAUUCUCUCUACCUCAGUUCCAGCUGCCUUAUGGUGAAAAUAAGGAGCGCAGUGGCCAUUCCCAUCUGGGGAAUGGUCUACAUUAUGAGCACCAAACCUCUGAAGUUUCUGUUCGAAGCCGCAGCCCAGAAGAGGCUGCGAAGCGAGGUGAAGGGCACGCUAAUGACACGAAAAGACACUUCCCAACACAUCAAAGUAAUGACCAUAAGGUCAGUCUUUCGAGUCACCAGGACCCAUGGGUGCCACAAGAAGAUCAACGAAUAUCCCCCCUGAAAACCCCACUUCUCCACUCCCUGGCCCAGGAGAGUAGGAGUCUGACUGUGAGGCAACCGGCAGCUACAAAUACGGUAGUCUUGUCGACUCAGGAUGCAAGCGACUCCAUGGCUACCAGCGGGAAAACGAACCGCCGCAGCGACCGCUAUGCCACCACGCUCCGCAAUGAGAUCCAGCAGAAGCGAGCCCAGCUGCAGAAGAGCCGCAGCGCUGCAACCCUGACAUGUGAAGCUGUGGAUGAGGAGGUCGGGGAGUGGAGAUCCACAAAGACUUCUACAUCUUCCGGUGUCUCCUUCUCCAAUACCUACAAGGACCACCUGAAAGAGGCGCAGGCCAGGGUCCUCCAGGCCACCUCCUUCCAGAGGAGGGACCUUGAGCCUCUUGGACCAGAGGCGCCAGUAGUUAAAACCUCCAAUGGACGCAUAAGAGGACGUAAGCGCUUCCCCCUGGCCAAGAGGAUGCACUCCUUCUCAGAGCCAGAUAAGAUAGACAAAGUGGGAGUGGAGGGAGAAACCAACACAGGGUCUUUUGGAGAGCGGAGGAAGUUCUUUGAGGCCAAACCAACAUUUUCCAGGCCUGUGCUGAAGUCUAGUCAGGGUACAAACUUGAACCUAGACGUUGGUGAGAUAGGCAAACCCAAAGAGAGAACUCCCUCUGGAGAGCUGGAGGAGGAUCCCCAACACCUCAGCCCUGGACAUAAGCAGGACUUACUAGAGCAGCAGAGGCUCGGGACCUUCGCUGAGUAUCAGGCCACGUGGAGCAAACAGAAGAAGUCGUCAGAGGCCAAGACUCAAGGGAGGUACCACUCAGCAGAGAACAUCUUGGACGCAGACAGCGAAGAGAAGGCUGUGUGCAUCCACGAGAGAUCCCGAUCUUCUCCUUCUGCAGACUUCUAUACACAGAAUAAUCCUUCACCGUGGAGAGACCCUCCCAGCCAGCAGAGCAGUUGCAGAGGGAAAACCGAAAGCAGGCUGCGAUACCAGCCCGACCACAGCCCACAGUCGGCCCCGGCAGUCCCCAGAAACGAGGGCCCAGUCCCAGGCCUCACUGACCACAGGCCCAAACCAGAUGCUGCCAACCCCUCCCACACCACACACUCCUCAGGCCCUCGCAGCCUCAGCCCCAACCCAGGCUCCCAGCACCCAUCUCAGCUCGCACAAACCAAGGGCCAUCUGCCGCCGCCCAGGUCCCAUUUAGGCCCAGAAACCACAUCCUCUUCCCAGGAAUUCCUCGCUGGCGCCCAGGCAGACCCGGCAGCACUCCAGUCUCUGUCCAGCUGCAGCUCUGACACCCAGCACCAUGCUGCUGGCCAGAACUCCUCCGCCUGCCCCGCCCCGGCCAGCUCCCCUCACCUCAGCGGGACGUCCAGAGCAGAAAACGAGGUGGAGAAGGAGCAACCGCAGCCACCUUCCUCCUCAUCGCUGUCAUCCUCCCGGACGGCCGCGCUGUCUCUCCCCGGAGCGGAGCGAGCACGUUCUCCCUCGCCUCAGUUUGCGCCGCUGAGACUGACUGACAAACCGCCGGCCGUGUUCGUGCAGGAUGACUCACCGCUCAGGUCAGAGCAUGAUUUGAAGCUCCCAGCUGAGAUGGAUGUGAACAGUUUGGUGAGGAAGGUCCCCGUAAGGAUCAUCCAAGCCAAGAGCAGCUCUGAGCGAGAGGGCAGGGCCUACCUCCCUCAGACCAGCGAGACCUGCAGUGUGUUCGAGCCGCCGGUCCACAUCCCCUCCCUCAGCACCUCAGAGGGUCCGGCCUCGUCCCUGUUUAGCGCCUACACCCGCCAGGCCCCUCCUCAGGACGUUGGUCAGGAGUCAGUCCCAGAGUCCACUUCAGUGGUGGCUCGGCACUCAGAGGAGGCCAAGAGAGAGGAGCUGGCACGGGACAUCAUGGGUAAAGACAAGUCCCUGGCGGACAUCUUGGAUCAGAGUGGCAGGAUGACCACCAUGGACCUGAUGGAAGGACUCUUCCCCACAGAGGAGCAGAUCCUGGAGGGGGCCCUCCUGCGCAGGAGGGCCUCUGGCUCCAGACUGCCGACCUCGUCCCCCAGGAGCAUGGACAGGAGGGAGGAGGAGGACUUGUCUGUGUCAGCAGCAGCCUCCCUGGUCCCCAGCUCCUCCUACUACAACACAUCAGCUCCCAAAGCUGAGCUCCUGAUUAAGAUGAAGGACAUGCAGGAGCAGCUGGAGGAGCAGGACUCCGAGGACGAGCUGGACGUCGAUCUCGCCAGUAAAAAGAAAGAGCUCAUCACCAGCCUGGCGAGCAAGCUGGAGGUCCUGCGGGAGGCACGGCACAGCCUGCAGGAGGACGUGGAGGACAACGAGGCUCUGGGCCGGGAGGUGGAGGCCACGGUGCAGCGGCUCUGUCAGGCCAACCAGCUCGACAAGUUCUGCAUGUUUGUGGGCGACCUGGACAAGGUGGUGAGCCUGCUGCUGUCACUGUCAGGGCGUCUCGCACGGGUGGAGAACGCCCUCAACAGCCUGGAGGACGAGGCCCCGCCAGAGGAGAAGCGGACCCUGACGGAGAAGCGUAAGCUGCUGAUGCAGCAGCACGAGGACGCCAAGGAGCUGAAGGAGAACCUGGACCGUCGGGAGCGGCUGGUCUCCAGCAUCAUGGAGGCGCACCUGGACUCAGAAAGCCUCGACGACUACCGCCACUUUGUGAAGAUGAAGUCGGCCCUCAUCAUCGAGCAGCGUAAACUGGAGGACAAGAUCAAGCUGGGCGAGGAGCAGCUGAAGUGCCUGGUGGACAGUCUGCCGCUGGAGCAGAGGCCGCUGCUCUGACACUGUUCACAGAGAAAUACUGCAUCAACACUGAGGCACCAGUUGGGGGUGCUACAUGUAGCAUUUUGAUAUUAAUGUCAUUGUUAAAUUGUGUUCAUGGCUGAGAGGAUUUCAGUUGUAUUGUUAUUGUUUGUCAACAUUAAUAUUACUCAUGAGACCCUUUUUGACCAAAUAAUUCUAGAAACGAAGGAGCCCAGGAGCUAAAUUAGCUCAGUUGGCCCAGUUGAUUAAAUAAACAACGACUUCUUUGAGACCUAAUUUUUGCACAACGACCUGACAAGAACACAAAGACAUUGUGUUGUCAUUUGUAAUUAACUGAUUGUGUAAAUGGAUAUUGUACAGAAUAUAUAGAGAGAGAUUUUAAAAAAGGAGACUGAAAAAGUCAGAAGAUGCCUCUUUGUAGGAAUUUUUUUUACAUCUAUUAGUAUCCCAAAGUCAAGGUAUUUAAGGUUUACUGAUUCUUUAAAACCUUUUGAAUUAUCACUAUUGGAGGCACUUUUAACACAAAAACCUGAAGUUAAACAUUACUUCUGAAGACUUCCAGACAGAUUUUUACAUGAUUAAAUAAUUUAUUAAGAAAGUGAAGUGCUGCAUUCAUUCAAAUUUCACAUCUAUACAUACAAACCAAAUAAUGUUCACAACAAUUAUGUAGCUUUGGCUGUCUCUUCACAUCACAGUGUUCCCAGUCUCCCUUUUAUUAUUUGUGUUUCUGAAUUGUUGUAUUUAAGUUGAAUCAUGAGCUGCAUGUGGCUGGCUUUGUAAUUAAUUACCAUCAAGUGUGUUUUAUUUUAUUCAUAUUUUUUUAGUAAUUUAUUGUAGCCUUUUUGAAAACUUCCAUGGAGAAAGGGGAACUGAUUCCCCAGUAAUUUAUUUUCAUUCAUGACGUACUUUUUGGUUUUCAAAUGAAGUGAAAUGAAGAUUUCAAAAUGCUGUUAUCCUCUUGUCAGCCAUGAUAUGAAGUUAGCUUUCCCGGUUUUACAACAAGCCUUCACUUCCUCUGUGUAGUGUGUUAUUCUAUAAGGUUCAAUGUCACUUUUAUAUAUCAUGAAUAUCUCAUUUUGGAGUGAAACUCUUAAUUUAUGCUAGAAUAAGAUCUGAAAGCUAAGCAUUAUUCUCAUAAAGACAAUGUUGACUUUUUCCAGCAUAUGAUACAAUAGACUGCUAAUAUUCCCUGGAUGGUUUUCAUUCACACUCGGUGCUCUUAGCUGAAGCUACCAUCCAAAAACUCAACACCACCGGACUCCUUUAUCUUUUGUACUUUCUCAGAGUGACAGGACUGAGGCACUGCUGGUGUUUCUGUGGAGGUUAAUCCAAAAGUUAGCACUUUACUCUCUGGUUUUGACCCCUUCAUGGGACUCUUUACAUAUAUAUAUAUAUAUAUAUUAUAUAUAUAUAUUUAUCUGAAGACGUGCCUCCUGAAGCCUCCCACCACUGUGAACUUUAAGGAUAUGGGCAUGCCUCUGGGUACUAUAUAUGGCCCACAUGCUAUACAUGUAUGCAGUGCACUCUUUUACCAAUUACAAAGCAAUAAAAUGAUAAAGCUAGA